AUGGGGAUCUGGAACGGGACACCUGUUGGUGACAGCUUGGCAAAAUUGCAUUUCUUCGUCUCUGCUGCAGCAUGGCUGAUGCAGCUCCAUCUUGGAACGGCAUUCCCUGGAAACCUCCUGCAGGCUGAGUUCUUUGCCAUUCUGCUGUGCGUUCUUGUUGCUGAUGAAGCUGUCCCAGGUAUUGCUCUCGAAGCUCGCGAGGAAGGGUUCCCCAGAUGGCUUGCAUGGCCGGAUCUUGGAUUUCAGCCACGCUUAGUUGAAUUCUAUCGCGAUGAAGUGUAUGAGGGAUUGUGA